UCAUUGUUUACACUGACAUUUGACUUGAAUUUAUAACAAAAUCAACAAAAAUACCAAGAAAAAUGCAAAUUACUCAUUUAAUUGCAACAUAACAACAUUCACCGUUUGCGGGACGUGAAAUCGCGCUCCAACUCGGUUUUGUUUGUGUUUACGGUUUACGCGGUGAUUUUUUUUAGACGUCGCUUAAAGAUGGCACAAAGCACCUCGAUUUUUACUGUUUAAAAAUCGCCUUUUUGUUUAAAAUAAUCGUUUUAUAGUAGUGACAAUAUGGCUAAAAGGCUCACAGAAGAAAUGGUCAUUGCCAGGACCAAAAUUUCCGAUUUGUCAAAGAUCAAAAGGCUCAAUUGUUGGGGUAGUGAACUAGUUGAUGUAUCUCUACUAAGAAAAAUCCCAAAUGUAGAAGUAUUAUCUUUAAGCAUAAACAAAAUCAACAGUCUGGCAGAUUUCCAAUUUUGCAAACGUCUUGAGGAGCUUUACAUCCGUCAGAAUGACAUUCGGGACCUCAACGAGGUGCUUUACUUACAAAACCUACCGAGUCUGAAAAAUUUGUGGCUUGGAGAAAACCCUUGUUGCAACCUAGAUGGUUACCGAUUGGCUGUAAUCCGAGCGUUACCACACUUGCAAAAGCUCGACAACGUCGCUAUCACGCAAGACGAGCUGCGGGAUUCCCAAAGGCGUGGCAAGAAUCUGUGUCAUCCUGAAGAUGUACAAGAAGAGGAGCCAGAGUCGGAUGAAGAAAUUAUUCCUGGGGCACCAGAGCACCAGUACCACAGAGGACAGUAUUCUGAAUCCGAGUACUACUCAGCCCCCAGAGGCUCACCACCACAACAAGAGACUGAAUACGAAACACCUCAAGAAGAAAGCGAAGAUCUCUAUCCAAGAGAGGAAGAAUCUCCCACGGAAAGUAGAGAAUGUUCCCCGGCAGAGAGGCAAAGUCCACCAAGAAGGCAACCAGAACAAAGAAGAAGCUACAGUCCAGAAGAGUAUGUGGAAAGAAGACGAAGCAGCUAUGAGCGGGAAUCCCCCAGACAAUCUCAACAGUAUUACGAGAAAACAUCAGUGACUAACUCUUUUGAGGAGCAUAACUCAUCCGAUCACCAAACGUUUAACGGUAGAGAAGCCAAAAUAGUAACUAGCCAGUCGGUUAGUUGUAUUAAGGAAUAUACUAAUGGAGACAAGUACAUUCCCUACCAUGCGCAACAUCAAAGGCCUGAGAGUAGCGACGUAUCCGUGCAGGGUCAAGACAGGAGGUAUACUUGUGCAUCGGCAGCACACAGACCGCCGUUUGCCAGAAGGCCUGCCACUAGGAACUCAAGUAUAUUAUCAGCCGUCCUAUGUCUAGUCAAAGAACUGGAUUAUCCGAGCCUGGAAGUGCUCGAAAUGGCCGUGAGGUGUCGCAUGGACGAGUUGGAUGAAUGACCGACGACUGAUGACGUUUUACCUGUGGCAGCUUUAAAGGCAGAUUAUAACAUAUGACAGUGUUUAAGUGAGAAUUCAAUAUAAUAUGCCUCAAUACACUCAUUUUUUAAAUAAUAAUAUUUAUUAUACCUUAUACAAUAUAUUAGGGUUAAUACUGA